UUUUCUUAGGUAAAUGUAAACAUAUUGAUUUGUUGUAUUUUUAUCAUAUUUUAUUGAUUUUCUUAAAAACAACCAUUACAAAAUGGACCAGGAGACAGCUAAGAAGCUCCUCGUAGAGGGUGGGACAUUUGUGUUCCUUGGAGUCCCAGAAGAAACUCAAUUUGGUAUUGAUAUGCAAUGUUGGAACACAGAAGAGGAUUUUAGAGGCAUAAAAAUGAUUCCACCUGGUUUACAUUAUGUCCACUACUCUGCUAUUAGUAAAGGAUCAGGCGAUAUAUCACCAAGGUCAGGGUUCAUGCACUACUUUCAUAAGAAGGAGUUUCUCGUAAAAAUGUGGGACAAAAAAUCAGAGGACAUAAGCCACGAUGAGAUAAGUGAAGAAAGCAUUGAGCGUCUGAAGGAUAACUUGUUGAACUUAGAUCGACAUCUGGCUCCAUAUCCAUAUGAAAUAUGGCAGAAAUGGAAAUUGUUGACCUCCCAAGUUACAGCUGAACUAGCGGCUAAAUUGUCUCCUGACAGUGGCAUCAUCAGAGCUUCAGUAGAACUAAUGUCAACAACUGAUGAAGACAGACCCAGAGGCGUAAAAGUCGCCAAUAAAUCCCUGGAAAGUCAAGACAGCACCAGUGAAGAGUCACAAAAAGAACAGGUCUCAAUAGAAGAUGAUUCCACUCCUGGACAAUCUGAUGCUAAAAGAGCUAAAAGAAUUACAAGAGAAGAGAAAGAGGAUUCAAUGUUGCCAGAUUUAAAGCCUGCUCCAGGCACUUCAAUCAGAUUUACAGAGAUUCCACGCGAUAAGUACCCACCAGGAUCAACACCAGAAGAGAUCACGAAGCAUUACUUGGACCAAUCAUACACACUUGAGUUGAUGAUUGCACAGCAUGAUGAACCGCUACACAUCAUAGGCGAAUUGCAAUUUGCAUACUUAUGCUUCCUCAUUGGACAUUCCCUCGAAGCGUUCGAGCAUUGGAAAAAUUUGGUUAUAAUUAUCUGCUCUUGCGAUGACGCGAUACACAAAUACAGAAGUGUUUUCUUCCAUUUCAUCAGAACAAUAGAAGUUCAAAUUGAAGAAAUGCCAGAAGAUUUCUUGGCUGAUAUAGUCAUGAAUAAAAAUCUAGUUUAUAAGAAACUGCGCGAAUUUUUCCGUACAGCGUAUGUUAGCAAAGUAGAUGGCCGUUUGUUGACAAUGAUUGAAAGGUUUAAAGACAAUUUGACAGAAAAACUACAAUGGGACUUCACAGGAUUGGAUGCAGAUGAGGAAGAUGAGAGACCCGUUGUAGUGAAGCUUGGUGAUGAAGGAGAAUAAAUUAUAUUAUAAUUAGAAUUUAUUUGGAAUCUAUCUCUAUGUAUCCUGAUUCGCAAAAGAAUCAAUUCUGUGUAGUGUGUACUGUGUACAUUUCAGAUAUUUUUGAUGUUUUUAAGACUAUUUCAAUGUGUUAAAGCCUGAUUUUUAUAAUUAAAAAUGUCGUAUAAUAUCUUUUUUGUCAGUAGAUAAAAUAUAAUUAUUAUAACAAAAUAUCUGUCGAUAUAUGUCUGUAUAACAAUUUACAGACCUUUUUAAAUUACUAUUGUCUUACACGCGAUUGAAAACUUAACUAAAAAAAGGUCAUUAACACAAUUUGUUAAUGACCUUUUUAUAGUUAAUUUUUUGAUGAAAAUUUUAUUCUGGACAACCAAAUGUAAUUCAUCCACAUAUAGAUUAUUCAUAUAUACAUAUAGCCUUAUAUUAGUCUUUUAAGAUUUCUUAAACGAAAAAAAAGACAUGAGUGAUAAUGAUGGCAAUUAUAGGGUAUUUUCAUUAAUCAAUAUGACCAAGACUUUAUCACCCCGAGUCGGGUUUGAAUACUUCAACAUCCAUAUAUGUAUGUGAAUCCCGCCACAUAUCAGUGUUCCUUUAUAAUAUUUAGUAGAAUAAUUACCAAAUAAAAGAUUUUUCUC